AUGGAAGAGCGUCUGAAUCCUCAUGCGUCUUUCAAUCGUAUGGACAGACCGAACUUUGCCCAGGAGCAAUCUUAUGCCGAUGCAAAUCUGGCUCAUUCUCGACACAUGUCAAUGCCUGAUAUAUCUCUGGGUCAUGGACACAUACAGUAUAACAUGAGCCCGCAGCAACAAGGCCCUCUUCCACAGCUUACACCAGCGCGCACUUACGCUGGACCUGAAUUCACACCAGUACAGGAGUUCCCUCCUAGAGUAGCGACACCUGGGAUGCCAUCUCACGCAUACGACCCGCAACUAAUCUCCAUGGAACAUGCCCACAUGGAUGGACUGAUGUCCGGACCGUUCGGGGUCGGUGGACUGCCCUCAAAUUCGCCAGGACAGUCCCAGGAUAUGCUGCAUUUCUGGCUGGCCCAGGCAGACAACGACCUCGGUUAUGGUGCAUUGACAUUGCCAGAUGUAAUCGAUACUCCAUACACACCAGAUCCCACUCAUAGACUCGCAUGUCUAUCGGUGCAUAGAGCUGCAACAUCGGAGACCAGUGACACUGCCUCUACAGGUAACAUACCUAACGAGCGAUUUGCCAGAGUUGAAAACUGUUGGUUGGCAAAGAAUAAUGGAACUCAUCAUCUAGCACCGUCACUUUGGUCUGACAUCCUCCGAAGUCCGGGCCCGAAUCUAUUCUCAACCGGUCCUUCGCCGCCUCAUGAGAAGCUAGACAGCCGUUGGGGAGUGAACGCUGCACUUCGCUGCCGCCUAGAAGCAGAAUUUGGCGCGCAUGUGCUACACACUACCGGGUCCUCUGCGAAACGCCCCAGCACUUUCCCUCCUGCGGAGGUCCUGGAAAUAUGUCUGGAUCAUUACUUCCGCCGGUUUCAUCCAAUGGCUCCAUUUAUCCACGUCCCAUCUUUUGAUGCUUCAAAUACUCCUCUUCCCUUGCUCUAUGCAAUGUGCAUGAUUGGGCUCAGUGCCUUGGAAUCAAGCAAUGGUGGCAACUUCAUAUCGAAUGCUUUUACUAUACUGUUGCGGAGAGUUCAUAACGACCUAGCGAUUAGUGCGAUCACUCCUACAGCUCCUCAUGCGCGGUUGGCCAUCUUUGCGGCUGGGUUCUUGACCUUGUGUCUAGCUGCCUUGUCAGGAGAUAAAGAUCGACUGGCGCAGUCUCAGACCCUCUAUGCCAUACUAAUAGCUACUGCACAGAGGCAGGGGUUGUUCUCCGUUGAGGAGCUCGAUGUCGAGGACGCCAUUUCUGACGUUGACGACGAGAAUCUGCGAUGGUUAACUUGGGCUCGAAUCGAAACCGUCAAAAGACUCAUCGUAGCUUUGUUAACCACUGACUGGUGGUUUUCCGCGAACUCUUCUGCCAGCCCCGCGAUACGACCGGAGACAUUACAGCUGUGUCUUCCAUGCGAUGAUGUCCUGUUUCGAGCGGAGUCGGCUCAGCGAUGGAAACAAUUGCAACAGAUUGGGAAAAGGAUAUCCAUGCCGAUGAUUAAGCCACGAACAUUCAACCUGGAAGGAGCUCUGGAUUCAGUCAUACUGCUAGACCCUCCUUUGGAUGCUCCAGGACAGUACACAUUGCUUUCGGCCAUCAAGCUUUGCGUCUGUGACGCCCAACACAGACACUUCCUCCCAACGGAUGACUGGGAUAGGCAUGAUCACCUUAUCCCGUGGGAGACGUAUCAAGACGAUUUAAGGGCACGUUGCUUAGUACAGACUACGCUGGCUCUCGCACCGGUGAUCACCGGGUCAGCCAAGACUGCCGACCUCAAUUCUCUGGUUUUAUGGCACAAUAUUUGCCUGACGCUGAACUCCAACAUGCAAAUAUUCGAACUCGCAGCAGGUCGGGCAGGCGCCGGUCCAGCUGGCAAAGCGCUCGCGGACGUGGAAGACUGGGCCCGCACUUCGUCGGCUCGUCGCGCUUGUAUACAUGCUGCGCAGACAUUCAAGUUGCUCAGCAAUCGUAAGGUCUCAGAGAGUAUCACCCUGAAUUCCAUGUCUGCUCUCUUCUGCUCUGCUCUUAUUCUCGGUCUGUAUUUGUUCACUGUACAGAACUCGGAAGCCGAGACUGCACGUUUGCCGUAUGAGGUGAUGGACGAUGUUGACUGGACAAUUGUUGGGAAUGCAGGCAUGGCAGAGACUUCACCCGGGAACAGUCCAGGCAUGAUGUUUGAGUCUUCUCAUGCCUCAAAUGUGACUCGUACAUUCAUCGAGAUGGGCGGACCCGUAUCGAUCAAUGGUGUUGUUGCCACCAGCGGCUUCCAGACCGCGAGACGUACGCUGUUGGACUUUGCACACUUGAUGGACGGUAUAGGGACAUGGAAGCCUCGGACGUUAUCUCGAAUCCUGCACAUUAUGUCUGACGUGUUGGAGGAGUCGCUCUGA